AUGGCCUCGCCCAAGCAUUCUCAUCAUCGUGCUUCAGCGGCUCCUCCGGCGUCGUCCAACUCCAACUCCAAGCACAUGAGCAACAGCAAGCAGCACGCACGGGCGACGAAGCAGCGGCCGCUGUCGCUGCGGCGUGCGAUGCUGCAUUCGUGCGUGUGCUUCCUGGUGGGUCUCCUGACCGGGUUCGCCCCUUCCGACUGGACCGACGCCGCCUCCCGUGCGGCCGUCCACGCCAACGCCGCCGCCACGGCGCAGGUGUUCCGGGCGCUGCACGCCAUGAACAACACGGCGGCGGUGGCGGGGGCACUCGGCCACCUUCUGACGCUGCAGCACUACCAGUCGUACCAGCAGGAGGGGAAGCAGCAGCAGCACCAGCAGCCUCCUCUGGAUCUGGUUGUGGUGGUGACGACGACCACGACGUCGACGGGGCUUUCGGAGCGCGAGCGGCGGUCGGCGGGGCUGACGCGCACGGCGCACGCUCUGCGUCUGGUGUCCCCUCCCGUGGUGUGGCUGGUGGUGGAGUCCGCCCGGGAGGCGGGUCCCACGGCGCGGCUGCUCCGGCGCACCGGGGUGGUGUACCGGCACCUGACCUACGGGGAGAACUUCACGUCGGAGGCGUGGGAGGAGGAGCGGCACCACCAGAGGAACCAGGCGCUGGCGCACAUCGAGCAGCACCGCCUGCGCGGCGUCGUCCUCUUCGCGGGACUCGCCGACGUCUACAACGUCCGCCUGCUGGAACACCUCAGGCACAUCAGGACUGUGGGUGCGUGGCCAGUAGCGACGGUAUGGGAGCAGGAGAAGAGGGUGGCCGUGGAAGGGCCCGUCUGCACCACCGCCGGCACAGGGACAGGCACAGCAGCGUGGUUCUCCUCCUCCGUCUCAGUCUCAGCCUCGGAAGAAGCGGCGUCCACGUCACCAUCACCGCCUGUGAUGACCGACGACUCCGUCCACGGCUUCGCCUUCGCCAGCGACCUCCUCUGGGACCCUGCCAGGUGGGAUCGCUUCCCCACCUCCGAGCCCGACCAGUCGCAGGAUUCCAUCAAGUUUGUGCAAAGGUUGGUGGUGGCAGACUACAACAAAACGAGGCCCAUCCCUGAGUACUCCAACUGUUCCCAAAUCAUGGUUUGGCGUGUCGACACAACGCUGCUCUAG